AGACAUUGCCAAAUUGUAAAACAAGACUUGGAAAUUACAGAAAAUGUUGCUAGUUAUUGAUUACGGUGACCAUUCAGUUCCCAUUGAGCCACCCAAAAGAAUCAUUCAUUUUCCAGCAGAGAGCCUGCUCAUUUGCAAGAUAAAAGAGAGACAUUUCUGCACAUGCCCAUAAUGUUCUUCACCACUGGGGGCAGCUUUACAUAAGACUGCAUUCACUGAAACCAAAGCAACAGUCCGAGCAGCUUUCAGAAUGACAGUCUGCAGAAGUGAGCUGAGCGUGUGUGCGGUACGGGGCUCUCCUGCCUCCUGGGCUCCAACGCAGCUUUGUGGCUGAAGUGGGUGCUCACCACCAGAAAUGCUGGGCUAUGGAAUACAGAUGUGGCAGCUCAGGUAGCCCCACGUUGCCUGGAGGAAUACAUCAUGCUUUCCGAUAAGAAGAAAUUGUAGAAGCCAGUUUUUUUUUUUUUUUUUUUAACGUCCCCCCCCACAACAACAACAAAAAAACUGUAAAGAUGCAAAAACGUAAUAUCCAUGAAGAUCCUAUUACCUAGGAAGAUUUUUUUGAUGUUUUGCUACAAAUGCGGUGCUGGAAUUUAUUUGUUCUUGGAGUGUUCUGCGUGGCUGGCAAAGAAUAAUGUUCCAAAAUCGGUCCAUCUCCCAAGGGGUCCAAUUUUUCUUCCUGGGUGUCAGCGAGCCCUGACUCACAGUGCAGCUGACAGGGGCUGUCAUGCAAGUGGCCCCUUAAGCCAAAGCAAAAGACCUAAGGACGACCUUUGAACAAUACAAAGGAUGGGUUUCAAUGUAAUUAGGCUACUGAGCGGAUCAGCUGUAGCACUGGUUAUAGCCCCCACUGUCUUACUGACAAUGCUUUCUUCUGCCGAACGAGGAUGCCCUAAGGGCUGUAGGUGUGAAGGCAAAAUGGUAUAUUGUGAAUCUCAGAAAUUACAGGAGAUACCCUCAAGUAUAUCUGCUGGUUGCUUAGGUUUGUCCCUUCGCUAUAACAGCCUUCAAAAACUUAAGUAUAAUCAAUUUAAAGGGCUCAACCAGCUCACCUGGCUGUACCUUGACCAUAAUCAUAUCAGCAAUAUUGAUGAGAAUGCUUUUAAUGGAAUACGCAGACUCAAAGAGUUGAUUCUGAGUUCCAACAGAAUCUCCUAUUUUCUCAACAAUACCUUCAGACCUGUGACAAAUUUACGGAACUUGGAUCUGUCCUAUAAUCAGCUGCAUUCUCUGGGAUCUGAACAGUUUCGGGGAUUGCGGAAGCUGCUGAGUUUACAUUUACGGUCUAACUCCCUGAGAACCAUCCCCGUGCGAAUAUUCCAAGACUGCCGCAAUCUGGAACUUUUGGACCUGGGAUAUAACCGGAUCCGAAGUUUAGCCAGGAAUGUCUUUGCUGGCAUGAUCAGACUCAAAGAACUUCACCUGGAGCACAAUCAAUUUUCUAAGCUCAACCUGGCCCUUUUUCCAAGGUUGGUGAGCCUUCAGAACCUUUACUUGCAGUGGAAUAAAAUCAGUGUCAUAGGACAGACCAUGUCCUGGACCUGGAGCUCAUUACAAAGGCUUGAUUUAUCAGGCAAUGAGAUUGAAGCUUUUAGUGGACCUAGUGUUUUCCAGUGUGUCCCAAAUCUGCAGCGCCUCAACCUGGAUUCCAAUAAGCUUACAUUUAUUGGUCAAGAGAUUUUGGAUUCUUGGAUAUCUCUCAAUGACAUCAGUCUUGCCGGGAAUAUAUGGGAAUGCAGCAGAAAUAUCUGUUCCCUGGUAAACUGGCUGAAAAGUUUUAAAGGUCUGAGGGAGAAUACAAUUAUCUGUGCCAGUCCCAAAGAGCUGCAAGGAGUAAAUGUGAUCGAUGCCGUGAAGAACUACAGCAUCUGUGGCAAAAGUACCACGGAGAGGUUUGAUCUGGCCAGGGCUCUCCCCAAGCCGACAUUUAAGCCUAAGCUCCCCCGGCCGAAGCAUGAGAGCAAGCCCCCUCUGCCCCCCACAGUGGGAGCCACGGAGCCCGGCCCAGAGACCGAUGCUGACACCGAGCACAUCUCUUUCCAUAAAAUCAUCGCAGGGAGUGUGGCCCUUUUCCUGUCCGUGCUCGUCAUCCUGCUCGUUAUCUACGUGUCAUGGAAGCGGUACCCUGCGAGCAUGAAGCAGCUACAGCAGCGCUCCCUCAUGCGAAGGCACAGGAAAAAGAAAAGACAGUCCCUAAAGCAAAUGACUCCCAGCACCCAGGAAUUUUAUGUAGAUUAUAAACCCACCAACACGGAGACCAGCGAGAUGCUGCUGAAUGGGACGGGACCCUGCACCUAUAACAAAUCAGGCUCCAGGGAGUGUGAGAUACCUUUAUCAAUGAAUGUGUCAACCUUUCUGGCAUACGACCAGCCCACAAUAAGUUACUGUGGGGUGCAUCACGAACUUCUCUCUCAUAAGUCCUUUGAAACGAAUGCACAGGAAGAUACGAUGGAAUCACACCUAGAGACUGAGCUGGACCUGAGCACAAUCACAACAGCUGGCCAAAUCAGUGACCAUAAACAGCAGCUGACUUAACUGAGCUAAUUGGUAGCCAAGGGUUGCCACCAAACUUUGUAACCUCAAGGACAAAAUGAGGAAGAUUUGUUCAUUGUGGACUCUAAAAGCAAAACACAACAAAAAUCCCCUGUUAAACAAAAAUCCAAGAUUUAUUCAUGAAAUAAAGAAGACAUGAAUUGUUUCAAGUCUACACUUUGUAAUUAGCUAAGUUGUGCAGUAUUUUUUUGACUUAAACAGAGUAUGACCCUGAAAAAAGAAAAAGAAUCUUUUUUUCAAAACUCAUCCUACCUACCUGUAAAAACUGUACAGAGCUAAUGUAUUUUUCAUAUUGUAAAGUUUCAAUUAUAGAAACAACUGGUAUGUACAGUACCAUAAUUUAAUUACAUUUUACUUUACAAACUUUACACAUUUCAGUUUCUAAAACUUUAAAUUAACAAAAUAUUAUUUCUUGUGUUAUUCAGAGUUACUCAGUUUUGUAGGGACUGUUUUGUUACUGCUUUUGUGCCCAGAAACCUUGACUCUAAAAUUCUGUGCUGUGCGAAACAUGCACGAUUUUUAUCAUGCUUACUGCGUAGAAUUUUAUCUACUUCUUCCAGAAAUAAUACAUUAACCAAAAAGGAUUUAAUUGUUGAGACUUGUAAGAAGUUCUUCAAUUACAUAGGCAGGUUUUUCUUAUAAAUGAAAAAAAAAAAUCAAAGAUUUUUUUUUUUAACACUUCUCAGACUUAACUGUUGCCUUGAAUUACAGCCUAGUUUCUAAGCAGUGAAAUGUAAUGAUAAAGAGGGAUAUUUUAACAACAUAUUUCUGAAUGAAUUGACUCAUUAUUUCAUUCUUUUGAGUAACCCAUUGUUAAGGGUAGGGGGAAGCAUGGACAAAACAUCACUGGAAACAAAGGCCGUAACCACAGCAACAGACUUUGAUACACUUAAAAGGUGCAGCUGCCAGUGACAAAGAAAAACUUGUUACAUCUCAUUAUUUUCAGGCCAAGGUGGGAAGGAUAGAGCAUAAUAAUUGUACAGUAGCUGAUUUUCUCCUAAUUAACCUAAAGUGGUUUACCUAAAAAUAACCAUCAGUCAGUGCAAAAUGUGCCUGGUUUUUAAAACAACUUUUCAUUUAGAAUUGUGAGGCUAUAUUUGGGAACAUCUCAAAGGAAGUAUGAAAUUUUUCACUUUGUGCGCUACAUCAAUUCUCUUCUGGGGAAGAAGUCAAAACUUUGAGAGCUCAUUCCAUAUAGAUAUCAGCCAUGGUGGAGAACUUUAUAACUCAAAUAAACUGUAAACACCCUUAAUAUGUUCUAAAUUGUUUAUAUUGCAUCCAUAAUGAGAUUCACCUCUAAAUUAUCUGGAAAAUAACCCAGAGUAAUUUGAAGCCACCCCGAAUCAUAUAUUGAUUAUGUAAUUGUAUUAUAAAGUAAAUUUAAAUGACAUUCUGAAAACCAACUUUUCAGAGGAUGAAAUAAUCAACUUGUUUCUGCUGUUUGCUUGACACAGAUUAUUGUUUGAAACUGUUGUUACUUUAUCUCUGGUAUUCACACAUUUCUUUUGUGUGUUUUUAAUAUAAAACUACAAGUUUCAAUUGCUGUUGCACUAGGAGAAAUGCUUUUUUUAUGUUGUCAUUUUGUAUUCAUAACAUCAAAAAUAGGCUGAGCAAAUGUCAAUCCAAAAGGGUCAAACACAAUCAAAAACAAUGAAGAAAAGAAUUUGUCAAAAACAGCAUCAAACUUUCAAUUUAUUUCUUCCAAAGAAGUUAUAUCUACAAAAGUCUAGUCUUAUGCUGAUUUUUCAUGGCAAAUUGAAGAGCAGCUUAAAGAAGAAUGAACUGAAAAAAUGUACAGCAAAAUUUUGUUGGAAAAUAUACACUCAAAAAAAAAUUGGAAGAAGCAAACACUCUUAAUAAUUUAAGUGAAACUUAAUGUCUAUCAACUAUUUAGCAAACCAGAUUUUGUAACAUAUUUUGCAUAAAUUGUUUGCUAUUCAAAAUUUUUUGUCAUGUUACAUCUAAUCUUAAUGUUUAUUUUUUUCUGAUUUCUAAUUUCUUUGCAAUAUAUCAUUGUCAGUAUUCUUAAUCCUCUACAUUGAGGUUUUGUUUUGCACAGUUAGCAAAUUUAUAGAGGAUUAAUUAUAAGCCCUUAUUGUGGGCCUGAAAUUGGAUGCAAAAUUUUAUUUAUUAUCUAAACCAAAAUGUCAUUUGCAAUUUUUUCUUCUUAGAAGUUGUCCUUGCAA